AUGGCGUUCCCGGAGCUGCUGGCGCGGCAGGCGUCCAUCCAUCCGCUCACGCUCGACGAGUUCCAGGCGACGUUCGCAGGCCCGUCGCACGCCGUCGCAUCCAGGCCCAUGGACGACUUCCUGCGAUCCGUCUGGCUCGCCGAGGAUUCGCAGAUGUUCGCCGCCGCGCACGUCGCCGGGCGCGCGGAUCCGCGCGCGCGCGACAGGGCUGCGGGGCUGCUGCGCGCGCGCUCGCUGCGGCGGCAGAAAUCCUGUGCCUCCCAUAUGCGGCAUGCGGGGGGCGCGCAGGUGGGGGCGGAGAUCGGCGCGGGGCUGUGCGUGCUGGCAGCCAUAGAAGCGUUUUAUGCGAGGCGAGUGACAGAUUAG